CCGCCAGCGGCGACAUUUCAGCAGUCCGCCGCGGUCCCUGCGCCGUGUUCCUGCGCUCCUAGCUCUCUAGCCCCUCCCGCUCGGCCGAGGCCGGGGUCGGUAGGCUUGCACUCUCUGCAGCUGGACGCACUCCAUGCGGCCGCCCAGCAUGUCCGGGCACUUUCUGCUCGCGCCUAUCCCCGAGUCCUCCUCCGACUACCUCCUUCCCAGGGACAUCAAACUGGCCGUACUGGGCGCCAGCCGCGUGGGCAAGAGUGCAAUGAUCGUGCGCUUCCUGACCAAGAGAUUCAUUGGCGAUUAUGAACCGAAUACAGGCAAGUUGUAUUCACGGCUUGUUUCUGUCGAAGGAGACCAGCUCUCCUUGCAGAUCCAGGACACUCCCGGGGGAAUCCAGGUCCAAGACAACACCCAGGUGGUCGACUGCCUGUCCAAAUGUGUGCAGUGGGCAGAAGGCUUUCUGCUAGUCUACUCCAUCACGGACUACGACAGCUACCUGUCCAUCCGCCCCCUUUAUCAGCACAUCCGGAAGGUCCACCCUGACUCGAAGGUCCCUGUCAUCAUCGUGGGCAACAAGGGGGACCUUCUGCAUGCCAGGCAGGUGCAGACGGAUGACGGCAUCCACUUAGCCAAUGAGCUGGGCAGCCUGUUCCUUGAAAUUUCUACCAGUGAAAACUACCAAGACGUCUGUGAUGUGUUUCAGCAUCUCUGCAAAGAAGUGAGCAAGCUGCACAGCCUCAGUGGGGAGAGGAGAAGGACCUCCAUCAUUUCUCGGCCGCGCUCUCCCAACAUGCAAGACCUGAAGAGACGCUUCAAGCAGGCUCUGUCUCCCAAAGUCAAAGCCCCCUCUGCACUGGGGUAAAUCCAUCUCGGACAGACUGGCUUCUUUUUGGUAUGCAUUUGUGCAGCUAAGACUGGGGUCUCCCUUUUUAAUCAUACAUUCGGAGUUUAUUUUUAUACAGACUAUUGGUUUGUAAGUGUGUGUGUAAAUUCGGUGAUUAUCUAGAAGUUGGAUUUUUUUUUAAUAAAAGAUUUUUUUGUACUGUAACUGCUAGCCACUUUUCCAUUAAAGGCAAAAAGGCAACAUUG